UGCAAUAUUAGUUCGCCUUUGCAUAAACAGCUUAUUCUAUCCUCAAACCCGAUGCAGCCACCCAUAGAUGACACUCUUGGCCUUACUAAUCGUUGCACUUUUAAUUCAUUUUCCGUUGAACAUGUUUGCAUCAAUUCUCCCGGGCGUUCCAGAAUAAGAUCUUCUUUAAGUUAGUUUUCCAAUAUUCACUCGUGUGUGCGACAAAUGGGUCUUCACGAAAGCAAUGAAUCCAGUUUCAGGUUCUCCCUGUUCUCCCACUGGAUCCAUCUCUCGUUCACUGCCUGUUCCAUUCCCACUCCAUCCGUCCACAUUCACUCGUUCCGGUAUUUAUCAUCAGACAAACUCCUGCUGCAAUUUCUCUACACUACGCCAACGUCAAACUUCUGUCACUUGUAAUUUCGUGAGAAAUUUUUUUGUUUACAUAUCUUCAAACAUCCCCUGAUUUGUGUUUUGGCAACAACUUUAUUUUCCUUUAUUUUUCGUCGCCAUCGCAUUAUCUGACAAUUUCUCAAAAUUUCAAUACCACUGAGAGUAAAGAUAAAACGAUGAAAUGAAAUGAUUCCGCGACAAUUUAAUUACGAUCCGGAUUUUAGGAAGCGACAAAUCGACACAUUGAAAAUUUUCAAUGAUAAUGUUCAAGUCAUAAAGGAGAAUGAAGAGUACUCGACAACGUUUACUUCCGGAGGGCGGCAGAUUUCCAUAACUGUCUUGCUGGGACCGAAUUUCCCGAAUGAGCGCCCGAGGAUUGUCGCGACCCCGCCAGUGCAGCAUCACUGGUGCAAUGCCAAUGGAGAAAUCGACAAGGCGCCGGGAUUGUUGAAUUAUACCCCACAUUCGGACCUGGGACGCAUUGUACAAGCUAUUACGCGUGAGUUUGAAAAAUUCCCACCACCAUUCAUCAGCGAAAAUCCUCAGAGUAGUCCAGAGCGCGAUUCUUCUAAUGUAGAAAAUACAAAAUCGCCAACCAUAUCAUCAGCAAGUGAAUGCAAUAUUCCUGAACUAUCAAAAUUAUCAUUGGAUGAAUUGAAAAAAUUGGAUUCGGAUCCGGAAUUUUUUGAUGACUUCAUCGAGGAAUUGUCAGUCGUGCAAACUCUGAAUAAUGAACUAGACACGAUGAUAAGUGAGGUUGAAAGAAUCUCUAAGGAAAAUGAAUCGAAGGAAUGUCAUUUGAGUGAUAUGAAAACGAAACUGAAAAACGAUUUUCAUACUUUGAAGAGUUUGGGAGAGAAAUAUGAAAAACUUAAUUCGCAAUAUAUGAAAAAAUCCCAAGAAUUUGCUCCACAACACAUAAGGGAGCUCCUGCAAAUUGCUGUUUCCAACUCCGAUUCAGAUUGUGAAAAGCACGUUGAAAGUUUCCUCUCGGGCAAAAUCGACGUCCAAACAUUCCUAAAUCAAUACACGGAGUCGAAAAAAAUCAGUGCAAUGCGCAAAGCAAAAGAGGAAAGAUUAGCACAUCAACUAAACGCACUGGAACGUGCAGCGCUAUAGUAAAAGAAUACGGAGAGGAGAAAUGGAAUAAUGAAUGAUCUUCUGAAGAUAGAAUAAAAGAUUAGACAUAAGGACACAAUAUCAUACUACACUCUCCUACUUUCAAAAAUAAAGUAAAUUAGUGAAACGAUAUAAACAAUCUAUAUCCAAAAAUUUACUAACAACAACACCAAACAAUGGAAAAAUAAAGAUGUACCUCAACUCAGUUGCAAUAUAGAAAUGAAAUAUAAAUUAAAGUUGGUAAAUCAUUGAUUGAUUUCAUUAAGCGAUAAGCAUAGCGAUAGAUCGAACAAAAACAGGAACAGGAAACAGAACAGUGACAGCAAAAGCUCAUAAGAAAAUAAAGUAAAACAAAAAUUAGUAAUAUAUAAACAUGGCGAGUUUCUUAACUUAUUUUAACAUGUUAUAAUGGUUUCGGAUUUUAUAUGUAGUUUUAAAUUAUUUAUUGUUGCUUGUAGAGUUACUAUUGAUGUUCUGUAUUUAUUGUUUUUCUUUCCUUAAUUAUAUUUUGAUUUAACACACGA